CCAUGCACUUCCGGGUUGGCGGCUGUCCCUGCCUGCAGGCUGAAGGAGAGGGCCAGAUGACGGGGGGCUUGGUGGCAUUAUGUUUAGAAGUGUGCUCGGUACCGGGGUGCUGGUGAGGACGGUGCACUCGGUGCUGACCUGGGCUGUUACUCUGGUGCUGUUUCUGCACGAUACUGAUCUUUGGCAUCAAGAUGAUACAGAGAAGGUGUUUCGGCCUUUGUGCUUUGUUUUCCUGGUCCUGUUUUCGGUAGUCUUGUACUUCGUGGUAUCUUUGAUGGAUCCUGGCUAUGUGCUGUCUGACUGUGAUGAGAGGUUUCAGCUUCUAGUCACGAACAAAGAGUCAGAUGGAAUGAUCGUGGAGAAUCCUAAUCUUGUGUCUUUAAGGCGCUGUGGAUAUUGCUUGUUGAAGCAGCCAAUGAGGGCACGUCACUGUAAAUCCUGCCAACACUGUGUCCGUCGAUUUGACCACCACUGCCCUUGGAUUGAAAACUGUGUUGGAGAGAAAAACCAUCCUCUCUUUAUUCUGUAUCUGUGUGUCCAACUUUUGGUUCUGCUCUGGGCCUUUCACUUAGGAUGGUCUGGAUUUCUCUCUGAAGCUACAUGGAAAGAAUGGUUAAAAGUAAAUGUUUUCUUGCUCGCCGCUUUUGUUUUGAUCUGCAUUUUUACCCUGGUAGUGUCUCUGCUACUUGUAUCCCACCUCUAUCUCAUUUCGUGCAACACUACUACCUGGGAGUUUAUGUCUCACCACCGCAUUGCCUACCUGAAACACUGCGAUUCGGAUACAAACCCUUUCGACAAGGGCAUUAUCCGUAACCUCUGGAGCUUUUUUUGCACAUUUGGGACUGUGGCUUGGGAACGCAUGUAUUACCGGGAAUCGUAUGCCACUGUGUGACAUUUAAAACCUUACUGGAUUCCGGUGUUUCAGAAAAAAAGACUUUCAAUUUUUUUUUUUUUUAUAUAAAUAUAGGAAAGUCUUCCCACUAUUCAACUAUCACAGAUACCAUGAUUUUUAUGAAUAUUUAAUCACGUAAAAUUUUGUGUCACUGAUAUUGACUCAUGGCCUAUUUAUAGGGACAUUCCAGGCUGCAAAAAUCAUCAGUAUCCCAGCUACACCACACUGAUCACCGGCUAACGGCACUCUAUUCCCACUUUAUGAAUCCUCAGACUCACAUUUGGAUUUGCAGGAGAUAAUAUACCCAUUUUAAUGCAUUAUAUAAAUACAUUGAAAUAAUUUUAUAAUGCAUUAAAAACAAGAUACUCCCAUUUAGCGUUCCUGUAUUUGACUAAAAAUUCUGCAGGUGUCUAUCUUCUAUUUUGAGCCUUCAAGAUGUGGCUCAAUCCCAUCUUUUAGUUCCUGAUGAUAUAUAUUAAACAGUGGAGAUUCUGAGUGUGUGGUUGUUCAGUUUUAAACUGAGCUGCAGUCUGCAAUUAGAUUAAUUCAUAAACAUGUGAAUUGUUAUUUGGGAAGGGUAGGAGAAAACUUUGCAUGGAUUCUGUAAAUGAAGCCAACUAGACUGAUACAUUUUCAGACAUGUUAACAUUGGAGCUUGUAUUCGCACAGAUUCUGCUGUGGGCCUCAGAAAAUAGAGCUGUAUAUGAUGGCAUAUACAAGACUGUAAUCUCCUUUUAAUUCUAGCCUUUUGUCACGUGACACAAGGAGACGGUGCUGAUAGGUUGAAAUACAUUGUUGCUAUUGACCAAAACCUAUGCGUACUCCAAAAUCAAAACAAGUUUACCAUGUUUUUACUGUUAAUGAUAACCAUAUAAGGUUUUGAGACAUUUCUACGGUUUUCUGGUACUUGCACUAUU